GAGUAAGUAGUAUACCACGAAAUAUACGACGUUAGUGCCUGAUUAGUGUGACAACAAAAUAUGUCAUAUAAUUUAAUGUAGAAGUUGGAAAUACUGUGUAACUGAAAACAACUACUCAUAUACCGACAGUACAUAUUCGUAACAUAAGAUAAAAUAAUCUGCGUAACAGUUUAAAACAGGAUUUACCGAUAUAGGAAUGCCUAAAGUAGUGUCAAGGAGUAUCGUCUGUUCGGACACCAAAGACCAAGAGGAGUAUAAUGAAACUAAACCACUGCAUAUUUAUUACUGUUUAUGUGGUCAAAUGUCCCUCAUUCUAGAUUGUACAAUAGAUAGGCUUCCACUCCGACCCACGGACGGCGCAAGAGUCAUAGAUGGCUCAAAACACGCGCAUAAAAUAACAUCAGAUCCAGACGAAACAGUGUAUUUGAAACGAGAGAAAGGAAUUGAAAGGCAAUACAGGUUAAAAUGCAAGAAAUGUGCUAUUCCAAUAUAUUACAAGCAUGACCAAGAGAGCAAUGUAGUGUUUAUAAUGGAUGGAGCACUAGUUCAGACAGUGGGUGAAGUUACAGACAUUUAUAAACAAGUGGCAUUGGCCCAGCCCAAGAAAAUUAUGGUCACAAAACAUACUAAGAACAUGGGUAAAUUCAGUUCUGUAACAGUAUCCACUAUAGAUGAGGAAGAAGAUGAAAUUGAGGCUAGGGAAGUAGCAGACAGUUAUGCUAAUAAUGCUAGAAUAAUUGAGAAACAGUUGGAGAGAAAGGGUAUGAAUAAGAGACAGGCUGAAAUGCCCGCACAAAGCUCCACCGAAAAGAGGGUUAGAGGGACACUGAUAGAUAAAUAAUAUCUUCUAAUAGCCAGUUAACUAAGAAUGUUAUGAUAUAUGGAAGUAUUUGAUAUACAAAUACAAAUUAUUUUUCAAAAAAGGCGAAAGUUAUCAAUUUGACCAAAUUUUUUAUAACCGGAUGAACCAAUUUUGAUGACCCUUUUUACCCGCCUACCUGUAUGCAGAAUUUAUUUCACACAGGCCUGCCUCUGCAUAGCCUCCCAUAUGCCACUUAAAUAUGGUAUAGUUCUGACAAUGUGAAGGAUUUUGUAAUGAAUAUUUAUUUAACUACCUACCUACCUGUAUGAAGAAUAUAAUACAUACAUGGAAUUCCUCUAUCAAAAAGAAAAAAUACAGAUAAUCCAUAUUUUCAAUAUUGUACAUAACUGUAUUCAAUUCUAAGUGCUUAAAUGGGAAGUAUUAAAUCAUUACUACUG